AUGAGGACCUCAUCCAUUUCCCUCGAGGGGCCAUCAACUUGCACGCCUACGGGGCGCAUCAGCAAGGCAAAGAAGGGCAAGAGGGUCCAUGCCUGUGAAUUCCCUGGUUGUGGAAAGGUUUUUACUAGGGCAGAGCACCGAAGGCGGCAUGAGCUAAAUCACAAUCCCGAAGCAUUGUUUCCCUGCACUCGUCCUGGGUGCAGGAAAGCUUUCCAUCGUCUCGACCUUCUUCAGCGGCAUCAAGAGAGACAUGACCUCGAGAAUUCCGUUGGCUCACCUUCCGGGCACAUGAAUCAAACGCCACAGAUGUCAGUCACCUCAGAACCGCCUUCAUCAGUCCUGCCUUCCGCAGUCAUGAGUAGUCCUCACGCUGAUAGAAGUGCUCCAAGAUCCUCCGCCGGUGGCCUUUCCAUCGGUUCCCUCGUUCAUCCUCAAACGGAGUACCUACACAGCAUGGGAACGCCAGCAUUCAAUGGCUUUGCGCGACCACCUAUGCAUUUUGUUCCUGGGUUCAGUCCCUCUGAUGAUUCCAUGUUCUACACCCCCGAGAGCAGCCAGUCUCCUGUUUCAGAAUACUAUGGACGGUAUCCUCAUCGUCAGAGCAUUUCUUCCUCGUCUUCUGUCGCUGCUUUUGAGCCCAGUGGAGCCUCUCCUUUGAUCAGUGGGACUAUACCAGGCCCGUGGGCUCCUUCUUCUGCUCCUCCUAGCAUUCUGCCAUCAAACAUGCUUGAUGAUGGUGCUUAUCUUCCUUCUCCUGCAGACUCUUCCUUACCAAUACCCCUCUCCGACCUGGAUGGAUACGAGUGGUCUGUCAUUCGAGGAGAGCUAUCACAUUCCUCUGGAUUACUGCCAGGAGAUGGCCCAACCGGUGUAUCCGACACUAUAAGGUGGCACUGUCUUGACCACUACUGGCAAUACUUUGACCCUCAUUUCCCAAUUGUCCAUCGACCGACAUUUCUCCCGACCAAACCGAGUCCACUUCUUGCAAGUGCAAUGGCAGCUAUUGGAUCACAAUAUGACGAUAGGCCGGACGCGAAGCAGUAUUCUUUGACUCUUUUGGACAUCGCGACCAAGCUGCUGAGACGGCGGGAUAGCAUUACAAGUCGCUCCAGAUUGGCAGACCUACAAACUGUCUUUCUGCUCGAAGUCUUGAGCAAAUACUGCUCAAGACGCGUGGAAGUCGAGAUGUCGUCACGAUUUCGAUCACUUUUUGCCAGUCUUGACCAAGCCCGUCGGACACUAUCAACGGAUCCGCUCGCGGUUUUCAGGACACUUCGCAAGGAAAAGACCCCUGAAGACAUUGCACGCGCGCACAAAUUCUGGCUUGAUCAUGAGACACGAAGGCGAAUCCUCCAGGCCUCGACGCUGCUAGAUCAUCAACAGAUGACGUUGUUCGAGCAACCUCCCACGAUUGUCCAGCACGAACGACCCAGGAGAACCACAGGACCCAGUCUGCGAUGCACGAUUCCCCUGCCCUGCUCGGAAGAAUUGUGGGAGACAAGCCCGGUCGAGGCUUGGGUUCAAGUGGCCACGAACACAGACGCAUUCAAGCCACGAACUUCGCGGCUGGAGCAAGCCUCAGCAACAACCAUGGACUAUUUCCAAAGCCAAGUGGCUCUGGCAGCAGCGCAAGGAUUGCCAGAUCAGGGCCUGCCCCAAACAGACCAAGGAGGGGAUAUGUUUCGGUGCCUGACCUCCAACCGUCACGUUGUGGGAAUGGCACGGAACACACCGAUCAGGCAACUGCUCGUCACGAGCGGAGAGUCGUGGAUUCUCGGAAAGAAGCUGGAAAAUGAAGCCCAGUUUCAAGAGGCCAAACGGAAUCUGCGAGCCUGGGCCAAUUCGAACCUCGAAAGCCGAAUUGCCUUUUGGCACGCCACUCAAUUGAUCCGGAGUCGUGUCAAGUUCACAUAUUCCGAGCCUACGAAGACCGACUUGGCCGUUACGUUUCAGAGCACUCAUAUGCUGCAAGAGCCGUGGGCAUUGUACCUGGCCGCACUCGUUUGCUGGGCACAUGGAUUUUCUGCAUCAACGAUGCUCGAGAACAGCAGCGGGCAGGGUUCCGGCGCUGGUUCGACCAUCAGCGAACCUCAUUCCAACCAGUCGCGAACUUCAAGCUUGUCGUCGGCUCAUCCAGCACUGCUCGAUUCUCACGAGGCAGCAUACUCGAUGCGAGAGUUCCUGAAGGCCACGGAUGUUGAAACACCCGAGGACAUCUUGGGCAUUGAUCCUCAGGUGCUUGGGCGCAUGCAUGGCCUUCUCGAGGUCAUCCGAGUGAACAAGAUCGGCCCUCUUUUGGGUGGACUGAUGAACGAGGCCGAGAGAGUGCUUUAUCGACUUGUGGAAGGAAGGAGUCGUUUGUCACAUUUCUGA